CGCUCAACACCUCCUACUGGUCAAGCCACGGUAUUGAGUAGAAGCCGACCUGCACCUCAUCUUUUCACCAAUGAUGACUACGUCCUCAGCACUGCCUUUCAAAGCUCUGGUCGACAACUGACGAGAAUGAGUGAUGAGACUGGCACGUCAAGUAGUCAUGUCAGUGAAAAGACGUCAAGCAGUGGGGAUGCAAGGGAUACUGACAGCGAAACAGAGACUGUGGGGCUACUGUCGGAACGAACUCGCGCCCGGAAAGCGCGUCGUCGUUGUGAUGACUCGCCUCCUGGAAGUCAACCUCCAUCGAGUGGCUAUCAUAGCAAUAACCAAAGCAGCAAUUCUUCGUCCUCCUCACCUAUUGAUCGAACUACAGCUUUAUCAAUCUCAAAUCCAGCUUUCAACGCUAGCUCAUCAAUCUGCAGCAGUUCCGGAUUUCCGGAUAUUCAUCCCGGUCCAUCUGGCAUGAGUUACCGAAGAUCAAGCCCUCCACCAUAUCAUUCAGAUAUCCAUAACAGCUACGCCCAUCAACCGGAAAUCAUUGAACAGCAAAAGCGCAAGAUUGAGCGAUUGAUCCGAGAAAACGAAAUGUUGAAGCGACAGAUGGCUGCAACCUGCCCAUCACUGCUACAAAGCAAGAGUGAGCGUAGUCAGAGCGAUGCAUCCGCUGAAAGCUUUGAUUCUCUCGGAUCAGAAGGGUUGCGGAACGCAUUGGCAGCUACUCGAUAG